CUCGAAACAAUCUGCAGCCUGCCCUCCCGUGACAACAGGACAGCUUUCUCCACAAAUCCUUACUCCAUUAUCCCGCCUUGUAUCUUUCGCGCAUCGAACCGCUCCCCUCUCAGCGCGCCAAAGUACAUCGUGCUUCUACAGCCCGGACCAACAACACUCCCCCGUCUAGCCUGAUAGCGCUCGCCGCCCGCACGACCUCCAUCGUACUCGAAUUCCGUCCCAAGCCUCACGAGCGCAGAUUCCACUUCGACGCCAGCCUCAAAUAUACUAAGAACCUCGCCUUGUCCGAAAUUGUGCUCUCACAGCACACGACACCUUCACAAUGUCUGGAGAAGCAUGGCUAUAUCUCUUGGCCGUCCUGAUAAAUGCCGUCAACCUGUUCCUCCAGGUGUUCUUCACCAUAAUGUACAGCGACUUGGAAUGUGACUACAUCAACCCUAUCGACCUUUGCAACCGCCUCAACACCUACAUUGUCCCCGAAGCCGCCGUCCACGCUUUCCUCACGUUCCUGUUCCUCAUCAACGGAUACUGGCUUGCUAUCUUGCUCAAUCUUCCUCUUCUGGCCUUCAACGCAAAGAAGAUAUUCGAGAACCAGCACUUGCUGGACGCGACAGAAAUCUUCAGGAAACUGAAUGUGCAUAAGAAGGAAUCUUUCAUUAAGCUGGGUUUCCACUUAGUCAUGUUCUUCUUCUAUCUCUACAGCAUGAUCGUCGCCCUCAUCCGCGACGAAUCCCAGUGACUGCGGAACGAAACUGCCAAGAACAUGCACCAUGGACGAAAGGGAUCCUAUUGAGAUACCACAAGUCGGAGUAGCCAUCGUUUAUAUGGGUCGAAAUGUCAAGGAACGGGACUAUGUGUACAGAGGUGACCCUUGUGGGUCGGGUAUGGUAACUGGUUGGUCUGGGACGCACGGCCUUUACCGGCGUUGUGAGAUGUCUGACAAGAGACGACAAGUCUUGGAGCGGGGUGGUGGAGUCGAGGUUUUAUUAUUCCAUGAUACCGUGCUUCUCGCUGUAGAUUUGCAUCAAGCCAUGUCGUUAAUGCAGCGUUUGGUUUCCAACAUAAUGAUAAACUUAUUUCAUGUCUCGUGACAUUUCACC